AUGUCGACUCAAGAACCCUCGAAAUGCUGCGUGUGCGGCCAGCCGACCACGAAGCAUUGUCAGGCGUGUGCCCGCGGCGGAUUCGACCUCUUCUUCUGCUCGCCGGAACACCAGAAGCUCGCCUGGAAGAACCAUCGACGCCUCUGCGGUCCUGACGCAGCCAAGGUGAUGCCCGUUGGCACCAACCUGCGAGGAAGCCAGACCUGGCAGCAGAUCCUCUGGGAAGUGUGUGACGGGACUGGGAGACAAGCCGAACUUUUCAACAGCACGAGGCAGACCUUGAAUGCGCUCUCGGAGACGCAGUACGCUGACAUUACGGAGGCUACUUGCGCGAUGAUCUACAGCGGUUCUGCGGUCGACCUCUUGGCUGCGGAAGACAUGCAGGACGUGCAGGAGCUUCAGGAGGUGCAGUCAAUGCCUGCGUGCUUUGCUUCAGCGCUGCUCUUCGACAUCAAGAAGUACGUGCCCGGAUCGCAAGAUUUCGUCUCCCUGCAACCUCUCCGGAAUGUCGUCUACCACCACGCCUUCGUCCUCCACGCCUUGAUCGGUCACAAGAAUGCAAAGGAGCGUCCGCCGGCAUACGAAGACAGCUUGAUCCCCGCCGCACUCUCUCAGCUCCUGAACGGUACCCUGCGGUUCAUCUCCAUCCGCCACAGCGACAUCUCCGACUUCCUCGCCACUCUGAGGAAGAACGUCCUCAGGAUCUGCUCGAUUAGACUCAAGUUCGAGUGCGUUCACAACGAGGAGACUGAUGAAGUGACGAAAUUCAUCUGCACUUUGUAG